AUGGUCGUGGCGCCGCCGGAGGCCGAGUUCGGCGACUUCCCGCCGGAGAGCGACUGGUUCCUCGUCGACAAGUCCUACGUCACUGGCCUCUCCACGCACAGCGGGAGGAGGGCGUUGGACGCCGGCGAGAUCGUCCACUUCGCCUUCCCGUCCUACGGCCGCGUCCAUGGCGGUGUCAAGGUGUCCGUCAAGAAGGCGGCCGCACUGGCGCAGAUUGUUCGCUUCUCCACCAAGCGCGCUGGAGAGGUUGGGAAGCUGUCGCCAGAGUGGACAAAGUGUCUCGUCCCACUGGUGAACUCUUCCAAGGUCAAGAUCCAGGGAAAGAUCGUGUUUCCGACCGUGGAACUGAGGCUGAUGCAGGAUGUUUUGCUCUAUGUCAGCUUCUACAUCCACAAGUCCGUGUUCACCGAAGGGGACAACUCGUCCUUAAGCCAGCUUGCUCCUGCGAAUGUUGAUUAUUCAGAUAACCCUCUCCAUGCCCUCUUCAAAUUACUCAAGCUAAGGGAAUCUAUCAAGGCUGAUUUCAUUCUUGAUGAGCUAACAAGAAAGCGACCAUGGAAUCUGAGGGGUGAUGCUAAUGGAGAUGAUGAAUCCACUCCUAUUGUUGGACUUGAAACACAUCGCACAGCUGGCCAAACUUAUCCGGAGCAAGGUGCUGAUGAGCAGGCUAUUUCGGAAGCAGCUUUGAACAAAAUUAUUGGCACAGCUGAAACAUAUGACUUGAAGGAAGCAGAGCCACCACAUACUCUUGUUUCAGUUCUCAAACCUUACCAGAAAGAGGCUCUCUUCUGGAUGUCUGAAUUGGAGAAGGGACGUCUUGAUGAUGAAGCAAAAAAAACUAUUGAUCCCUGUUUUAGUGCCUACAGUAUCGCUGACAAGAGGGCUCCUGCAGUGUACAUUAAUGUUUUCUCUGGUGAAGCGACAACCAAGUUUCCAAGUUUAAGUCGGACUACACGAGGAGGGAUACUGGCAGAUGCAAUGGGUCUUGGCAAAACUGUCAUGACUAUUGCCCUGAUACUCUCAGAUCCAAGGGGAGAGCAUUCUGAUUACAUAGAAAGGGAUACAAGACCUGUAAGUGGUCGUGGUACUAGAACAAGUGCUUCGACCCCCUCUAUACGAGGUGGCACCCUUAUUGUAUGCCCAAUGGCAUUACUGGGUCAAUGGAAGGAUGAAUUGGAGGCACAUUCAGCGCCAGAUGCUCUUUCUGUGUGUGUAUACUAUGGUGGUAAUAGAAAUAGUGACCUCAGAUUGUUGGCUGAGCAUAGCAUAGUCCUAACAACCUACGGUGUUCUUCAAGCAGCUCAUAAAGCUGAUGGCAGCAGUGUCUUUCACAUGAUAGAUUGGCAUAGAGUUGUGCUUGAUGAAGCGCAUAUGAUCAAAUCUCCCAAAACCAAAGCGGCCCAAGCGGCAUACUUAUUAUCCUCACAGUGCAGAUGGUGCCUUACUGGCACACCAUUGCAGAAUAAUUUGGAAGACCUUUACAGUCUUCUUUGCUUCCUACAUGUUGAGCCAUGGUGUAAUGCAAAUUGGUGGCAGAAGCUGAUUCAGAGACCUUAUGAGAAUGGCGACGAGAGGGGACUGAAACUUGUCAAAGCUAUUCUCAGGCCGCUCAUGCUGAGGAGGACCAAGGAAACAAAGGACAAGAUGGGAAAUCCCAUACUGGUGCUCCCACCGGCUCAUAUUGAGGUUGUGGAAUGUGAACAAACUGUUGAGGAACGUGAUUUUUAUGAAGCGCUUUUCAGGAGAUCAAAGGUUCAAUUUGACAAGUUUGUCGCACAAGGCAAUGUUCUUAGUAACUUUGCUAAUAUUCUUGAGCUGCUUCUUCGGCUAAGGCAGUGCUGUGAUCACCCUUUCCUAGUCAUCAGCAAAGCUGAUACCAAGAAGUACACAGACCUUGAUGAGCUAGCACAACGGUUCCUUGAAGGGGUACAGAGUGAUCCAGGACGGCUUGCCAUAGUACCAUCACGGGCAUAUGUAGAGGAGGUUGUUGAAGAAAUCCGCCAGGGUGCGACUGCUGAGUGCCCUAUCUGCCUCGAGUCAACUUCUGAUGAUCCUGUGCUCACGCCUUGCGCACACCGGAUGUGCCGCGAGUGCCUUCUUUCUAGCUGGACGACGCCAGCUGGGGGCCCAUGCCCGCUGUGCCGGAGCCCCAUAACAAAGGCUGAUCUGAUCAAUCUGCCUGGCCAGUGCCGCUACGAGGUUGAUGCCAAGAACAACUGGAAGGAUUCGUGCAAGGUGGCGAAGCUCAUCAUGACCCUGGAGGAGCUUGGGAAGAAGAGGGAGAAGAGCAUUGUGUUCAGCCAGUUCACUUCCUUCUUUGAUCUCCUGGAGAUCCCCUUCGAGCAGAAAGGGAUCAAGUUCUUGAGGUUUGAUGGGAAGCUGAGCCAGAAGCACAGGGAGAAGGUUCUCAAGGAGUUCAGUGAAAGCCAGGACAAGCUGGUGCUACUGAUGUCACUCAAAGCUGGAGGAGUAGGCCUGAAUCUAACUGCUGCCUCCAAUGUCUUUCUCAUGGAUCCGUGGUGGAAUCCUGCAGUGGAGGAGCAGGCUAUCAUGCGGAUCCACCGCAUCGGGCAGAAGAGAGUGGUCCAAGUCAGGCGAUUCAUCGUCAAGGAUACCGUGGAGGAGCGGAUGCAGCAGGUGCAGGCGCGCAAGCAGUGGAUGAUCUCCGGGGCACUGACGGACGAGGAGGUCCGCAGCUCUCGCAUUGAGCAGCUCAAGAUGCUCUUCAAAUGA